CAGAGCUACUCUCCAUUGAAGAAGAACUGAGGAGGUAUCAAACACGCGCAGUGCCUUUGCAGCAACUCAGUCCUAACAGAAGGGGAGUGAUAUCGGUUAGUGGUUGAAUUCGCAGGCAUAUCCUCCUCCGUAGCGACGGAUCCACCGAACACGGGCUCAGGCUCUCCUGGACUCCCAGUAACACCCACUAGUCCCACUUGGAGAUCAGCUCCACCCUACAACAGCAGCCAUGGCAGAAGAUGCUGACAUGCGCAAUGAGCUGUCUGACAUGCAGCAGCGUGCCGACCAGCUGGCCGACGAGUCACUGGAGAGUACUCGUCGUAUGCUGCAGCUGGUGGAAGAGAGUAAAGAUGCAGGAAUCAGGACUUUGGUUAUGCUGGAUGAGCAAGGAGAGCAACUGGAGCGCAUCGAAGAGGGAAUGGACCAAAUCAAUAAGGACAUGAAGGAUGCAGAAAAGAAUUUGAACGAUCUAGGAAAAUUCUGUGGUCUUUGCUCCUGUCCGUGUAACAAGAUGAAGAGCGGGGCGAGCAAGGCCUGGGGCAACAACCAGGACGGCGUGGUGAACAGCCAGCCCGCCCGCGUGGUGGACGAGCGCGAACAGAUGGCCAUCAGCGGAGGCUUCAUCCGCAGGGUAACAGAUGACGCCCGAGAGAACGAGAUGGAUGAGAAUCUGGAGCAGGUGGGCGGCAUCAUCGGCAACCUGCGCCACAUGGCUCUGGACAUGGGCAACGAGAUUGACACCCAGAAUCGCCAGAUCGACAGGAUCAUGGAGAAGGCUGAUUCCAACAAAACCCGGAUUGAUGAAGCCAACCAGCGCGCCACAAAGAUGCUUGGCAGUGGCUAAGUUCCCAGACCCGGGGCUUUUACCAACAGCGCAGUUUGUCGGAAAGCGCAAACAUGCUUUUAUCAUGGUAUUAACCUUCUCGGUUUGCACACAUGCACAUAUCACCUCCCCCCAUUGUAAAUGUUGUUCUGUGUGUUGUCUGUCUGCUUUUUCAAUGAUUGUCCUCGUAAAAAUGAUUUCUUAUACUCUGUAUCAUUUUUUCCAAAGGUUGUAUAUAGUGCUAUCUUGAUGGCUCUAGCUCACUUGUGAAGUUUUUAUUCUCUUUAUCAUAUAUAUCUAUAUAUUAUAUAUCACAAAUAUAUAUAUACAUAUAUAUGAUAUGUACUCUUUGCUGGAUGAAAACUAUAUUAGGAAUGCUCUACAAGGCGUUUUUUUUCUUUUCUUUUCUUUUCCAGUAUAUCAGUAUCGUCUUAGUAAACUGUGUCAUUCCACAAAGCUACUGUCAUGAUCCUUAUUUUGAUGUUGUCAUGACAAAUUAAGGAGGGGAAAAGAUGAUCAACUUACCGAUAUGACUUCAGAAAAAGCACUUAAAAUCGAUUGCUGUCUUUGGUUCAUUAUCCUCAUCAACACACAUCAGUUACUGUUUAGACAAUGUGCAACUAGAGUCUGUAGCCGUACUAGACAUGGCAUUCCAAGUGAUGUGAAUUGUGCGUUUCUGCAUGAGCAAUGGUAGAUUUUAGUCUUAUAAAUAAAAACUUGUUUGAACAAAAAAAAUCUUGAAAAAAAUGAACACAUGGCAGUAGCGAAAAAUUGACAAACGCAUGCUCAGUAUUAGGACACAGUUGAACGUUUCCAUGUUCCUGCAAGUUUGCAAUAGUGCCACUCUUUCUGUCAAUAUUAUAUUUACAGACUGUGACCAUUGUUGUAAAAUAAUGCACAAUGAUCUUGGGGGGAUACGGUUAAGAUGAAAUAAAAUGAAAUAAAAUGUUGAGGUUGUACCGCAAAAAAAAAAAAAAACUGUUUUCUUAACGAAUAUGCAGUUCAAUGAAAGAUGUUGAAUACGUGCAGACAGGAUGGAGACUGGCUGUUUACUGUAACAUAGGUUUUGGAUGCUCUGAAAAAAAUAAAAAUAAACGUUUGCAAUGUAAAGCAAAGGUGCAUAUUUCUGAGAGACCUUACUUUUAUAAGAAGACUGUAUCCUGUUAGUUUAUUCUCCCCAUGUGGUUUGUUAUUGGUAAAAAAUACAUCUAUAAUAAUCUGUAACAAAAAAUCAAACAAAGGGUUUUUGUUGCUUCUGUACUUAGAGCUAUGCACACCAAAUCGCUGAAAUGUUGAAUAGUUGGUAUAAGAAGACAAAUACAUACCUUACCUGGAUGACACAUAGGUUAAGCUGUGAGAUUGAUGUCUUCGACGCAUGUAAUAUUAAACCUCCCUCUGUAUCCUGUCAGUCUGUGAAAGUGGUUGACAUUUUGUAGGUAGCUGAAUUGAUUAAAAGUAAUAAACCCCUA